AUGAGUGAAAUCUUGAAUUAUUUAUCUUCGUGGACUCCAACUUCCACACCUACAUCCACUACAUUAUCGUCAAUAGCUACAUCCCAUGUUUCAAAACUUUCCCAAACUGUUGCCUCAGUGAUUUCUCAAGCCACCACUGAAACAGAUUGGUAUAAUUUACGGUCAUUGUCACAAGCAUAUCGUGGUGCUCAAGCUUCAUUAACAAUCAUUUCGGCAGAAAAAGUGUUAGCUACCGCUACUGAUAGUCAAGUACAGUCAAGAGCCACACAAGCGAUUUUUGAAGCUACUUUAAAUCUUAAAGAUUUAUCUAUGGAACAAAACAUUUAUGGUUAUGAAUUAAAUCGUGCAGCAAAUAUCAUAUAUUUAGUUGUUUAUGCAAUAAUUUUUGGUUAUACCCUUUUAAUGUGCAUUAAAUCAAAAUACUGGUGGUAUAAUGUGACAUUUGUCUGUGGAUAUGGUUUAGAGUUUGUUGGGUUCUUAGGACGAGUGUUGUCAUUUAAUGAUACUUCCAAUAUGAGUCAUUAUAUAAUGCAGUCUGUUGCUUUAACCAUCGCACCUGCAUUCAUCAUGGCAGGUGUAUACUUUUUAUUUGGGCAAUUGGUGGUUAUUCACGGGAGACAAUAUUCAGUUUUGAAGCCAAUGUGGUAUUCUUAUUUUUUCAUCACUGCCGACGUGGUUUCAUUAUUGAUCCAAGCUGCUGGUGGAGGUAUUGCUUCUGUGGCGUCAAGUAACCAUAAAGAUAGUUCAGUCGGGACUAACAUUAUGAUUGCUGGUAUUGCUGCUCAAGUUGUGGCGAUGACAAUAUUCUUGGUGUUUUGGUUUGAGUUUCUUAAUCGCUUAUACUUUAAGAAUUCUCGUUCUGAUUUGAUUGUCGAUUGUCCCUAUGGUCGACGUUCGAUAAGCAAUUAUUUUAAAUUAUUGUUGAAUGUCAAAUCGGUAAGAGGUCAUCGUCAUACUCAUUUGGAAAAAUACUAUAAUGAGAAAUUUGCUAGUAUUCGACAAAUACCAUUAUUCGAUUAUAUGGUGCUUGCCAUGACCAUUGCUGUCAUUGUUGUUUAUAUUCGUUGUGUCUAUAGAGUGGCAGAAUUGGCUGAAGGAUGGGGUGGAUAUUUGUUCACGCAUGAACCAUAUCUCAUGAUUUUGGAUGCAGCAAUGAUUGCUAUUGCCGGUCUAAUUUUCAUUCCAUUCCAUCCAGUUUGGGUAUUUGGUAAAAACAAUAUUGUCAAGUUGGCAACCAUCAAGAAGAAUCUUGAUGAAAAUGAAAAAAAUCAGGACGUUGAAUAUAAUGAUGAUGUUGAAUCACAAGAACGCAGUUCUAGCGUGGUUGCAAAUGACAUACAUUGUUUAAAUAGUAAGUUAUGA